AAUUCUGCAAGUAGCUCUAAUUUACUAUCGCUGUUCUCUAGCUGGUCUAAAACCACUUUUGACCUAAAGGGACGCUUUUUGGACACCAUGGACGUUUCUCAGUUUUCAGGCAGAAAGAACAGUAAAAAUGCAGGCAGGGCACAGGACAAAGCACUCAGGACAAAAUGUAUGUGAAAUGCUUUGAUACAUGAAUUUAGUGAAUGUCACUUUUACAACUUUCAAAUUUCCCGCCAGUUCCGUCCCCGUAUGUCCCGACGUCGCAGGGAACAGAACCCAGAAGACCAGAUCCACAUCGGAGGACAUGGCCGGGGACACUGCAGGGGGGACAU